AGGAGCUCUGUAUGUCUGUGUGUGAGAGAGGGGGAGAUAGAGAAAGAGUGUGAGUGAGUGUAAUGUGCCUUUUAAAGUGCUGGGAGCUUGAUGGGAAUGUUUGAUUAGCUCCUCAGAAAGAGAAAAGGUGUCCAGGCCUCCUUUUUUUUUUGUCUGCCUCUGAUUCUUUAGAAUAAUGUUGACUGAAGUUUGUGUUGCAGAAAAGCUUGGAAAAAAAUAACACAUUCAUACUGUGUGGAGAAAAGGAAUAAAAAGUUACAUACCUCAAGCAAGUACACCCCGUUGAAACUCUUGGACUUUGUUUUUCCUCAUCAUGAAGGUGUCAGUUAUUGCAGUCAUUUUGGCUUUGUGUCUGACCUGUGCCAGUGCAGCUAAAGAAGCCACAAAGAAGACCAAAAAGCCCAAACUCUACGUCCCUCAGAUCGACUGUGAUGUCAAAGCUGGGAAGAUAAUCAAUCCAGAAUUCAUUGUAAAGUGUCCACCCGGAUGUCAAGAUGUAAAAUACCGUGUUUAUGGCACAGAUAUUUACGCUUCUUUUUCCAGUAUGUGCGGUGCUGCUAUUCACAGUGGUAUAAUUGACAACUCAGGAGGGAAAAUCCUGGUUCAAAAAGUUGCUGGACAUUCUGGUUAUAAAGGGAGCUUUUCCAAUGGAAUUCGAUCCUUGUCCCUACCACGCUGGAGGGAGUCCUUCAUUGUUUCAGAGGGCAAACCAAGAAAAGGUGUGAUAUACCCACCAACUCUUGAAUAUUCUUCCUCAAAAAGCUCAACUGUUAAAUCAGAAUCUAGAAAGUCAGAGCAAGAUAUAAAAUUUACCAAGACUAUUGACACCUCUAAUACAUCAGAAAAGUCAUCUGAACCAGGGGAAACAUUUCACAAAGAUUAUCGGACCACUCCAAUACCUUCAUUAACUACACAAGUUACUACCACAACACCGGCACCUACUACCGCAGCAACAGAACCCAUCAAUGUAACACCAAAGCCAACUGCACCCCUCAUGACAACCAGAACAACAACUACUACUGCUGCUGUCAAACCACGACCUCCUGUGCAUCGGGUCAGGGAUAUAGGUUCUAGCGGUGUCCACCCAGCUUACUCAUCUGUGGCAGCUGCAGCUUCAAGGCAAAUCCAGGCUGCGCAAGGAAGAGGGCAGAAUCAAGCACUCAGGGGCACUUCCACCUAUGCAAGUAACAGAAAUGUUCCUCGGGCCACUACAGGUCUUCAGCGCCAAGAGCCUGUUGCAGCCUUCCGUAAACCUGCUGAGCCCCCACUCAAUCUGGCAUUGGAAACAGACUUGUGGAAACCUGGAUUGAGCCUUUUUGAAGCAGGCUUCAGUUCCAAGGAAGAAUUGAAUCCAAAACCUUUAGAGCCUGUUUCCCAGGGAAAUCCAAACUGCAAAGUUGAUUUGUCCUUCUUGAUUGAUGGGAGCUGGAGCAUUGGUAAACGCCGCUUUCAGAUCCAAAAACAGUUCCUAAGUGACGUGUCUCAGGCUCUUGAUAUUGGUAUAGCUGGUCCUCUCAUGGGCAUCAUCCAAUAUGGUGAUGACCCUUCAACAGAAUUUAACCUCAAAACUUAUGCAAACUCCAGAGAUCUGAGAAAUGCCAUUGAGAAAAUUUCACAGAAAGGAGGGCUUUCCAAUGUCGGGAGGGCACUUUCGUUUGUUAACAAAAACUUCUUUUUGGAUGCCAAUGGGAACAGAGGUGGAGCACCCAAUGUGGCCAUCGUGAUGGUGGAUGGGUGGCCUACUGACAAGGUGGAGGAGGCCUCCAGACUGGCUAGAGAAUCUGGAAUCAACAUUUUUUUUGUCACCAUUGAAGCAGCUGAUGAAAAUGAAAAGCAGAACGUUAUCGAACCCAACUUUGUGGACAAGGCUGUAUGUAGAACAAAUGGCUUCUAUUCCAUUAAUGUACCAAGCUGGUUUAGCCUACAUAAGGUAGUCCAGCUCUUGGUGAAGCGGGUCUGUGACACUGAUCGACUGGCUUGCAGUAAGACCUGUCUAAAUUCAGCUGACAUUGGGUUUGUAAUAGAUGGGUCCAGCAGUGUUGGCACUGGCAACUUUCGCACUCUUCUCCAAUUUGUGGCCAACAUAAGCAAGGAAUUUGAGAUUUCAGAUACCGACACCCGGAUUGGAGCUGUACAAUACACAUAUGAGCAGAGGCUGGAGUUUGGUUUUGAUAAGUACAGCACUAAGCAAGAUGUACUGAAUGCCAUUAAGAGAAUCAACUACUGGAGUGGAGGGACCAGCACUGGAGAAGCCAUCAACUAUGCCUCUGAGCACCUGUUCAGCAAAUCCAAGCCCAAUAAGAGGAAGAUAAUGAUUCUCAUUACCGAUGGCAGGUCUUAUGAUGAUGUCCAGGUGCCAGCCAUGACAGCUCAUCAAAAUGGUAAACUAGUGCUCUUCCUUCAGGGAGUCAUAGCAUACUCUAUAGGAAUUGCAUGGGCAGCCCAGGAUGAAUUGGAAGCCAUUGCAACAGACCCGGAUAAAGAGCACUCCUUCUUUGUGGAUGAAUUUGACAACCUCUACAAAUUUGUUCCCAAGAUCAUUCAGAACAUUUGUACAGAGUUCAAUUCUCAGCCACGAAACUGAUCAAAUCAGGCAAAGUAUCAUACUAACGCUGGAUCACUGGGUGUCUCACAAAAGAUGCACAGAAUGCUAUACAAGUAAUGCCAGCUAUGAGUCCAAGAUAUAUCAGCAGAGUAGUUCCCUGGCAUUUUUGCGUUAACAAGGUUGAUCUCAGCUCUAUUCUCUAUGCAUGGUAAUGCUCUGCUAGACUGAUGUUUUUCCUUUUUGCAGGCUUCAAAACUCUGUUCUGACUGGAGAAAUGCAAGGUACAUUUAGGAUCCUUGAGAAAAGAAAGGACAUGAUUCAGAUUUGUGGUUUUGAAAUGUGUUUCCAAAACAGAGGUUUGCAAAGCAGUUGUCAGUAUAAAGCCCCAAGCUCAUUUGAUUCAUGCCAUUGUGUGCUGGAGAACCCCCUUAAAGAAGUCCUCUACCCCUUCCCAGUGGUUCUCAAAUGGUGAGGUGUGAACUACUGUGGGUCUGCAGAGCACUUCCAGGGAUUGCCCAACCUGCUUGUUUUAGUGGGGAAACGUUUAAUCUUCUCACUGAUGCUUUCUGCUAGUUGGCCAGUCCAGAUCUUUGACCUUCUAGAAGCAAAUCCUGAACACCUGUCUCUUAAGCUCUAUACAGGUUUUUUGGGGGUUUUUUUAAUCUGUCAAAUUUCAUUAGAGUAUAUAUAUUCCACAGUGACCAGGUUUGCAAAUCAGUUAGGAGGGAAGAACCAAACUACAAUGGAUCAGAGCAGCUGAGAACAGUGGCAGCUUUAAACAUCUCCUGAUUAUAAAGAAGCCGUAGCACUGUUGGAGAAGGAGCAAACCACGAACAUACCAAAUACAGAAAAUGUAAACAGAAUCCCCCACUUCCCCCACUCCCCCCCCCCACACACACACUUUCUCUCUAAUAGCAUUUGCUUUUAAAAUUGUCCCCUUAGCACUGUUCUGAUGUUACUGUAAUUUGCCAGGUGUCUGAGCUCUGUAUUUUCAACAAGGGCUGGGAGAAGAGAUUUUAGGGAAAGGGUUUUGAUUAUAAAAUGGUCCACAAUUGGGGGUUGGGGGGAGUUUUGAGGACCACUACACCACCACCCAGGCUUGCUUCAUUUUGGUUCCACCUGCAGAAUGAAUAGUAAACAAGAGCAUGAAGAGAGAGGAUUACUCAAGGGAUGCUUUUGUUAAGGAUUUGAGGGAUGUUAUUUUAGUGAGUUAUUGAUUUUUGUAAAUACUGGCAGAAAUAAGAUUUCCAGUGUUGGAACCAUUCUGUAUAUAUAGUACUUAGGGUUGAGUACUAUAUAUUCUCUGGCUCAUAGUAUAUGUAUUGCACUGCUUUUGACCAUACCAGCUAUAGGUGGCUGGCUCCUCAUUGAAAAAGGCAUGAUAAAUCAUCACCAAGAAACAACACCAGGGGUGACACAUUAGGGAGAGGCUUGGAAGAAUUAUACUUUAAUUAGGAAGUGCAGUUGUUAUCUGUUUUUCUACUCAGUGGAACUUGAGAGAACAAGUUCAUUAAUCACAAUUUAUGGACGGAGAGGAGAGAAGAAGUAAACGUGGGUUGAGCAAGCAAGAGUGUCUAGCUUUGUGCACUGCAGAAGCUGGUGGGAGGCAAAUAUCUCCAGGCAUUACAGCACACUAAAAUAGAAAUGGUUGAAAUAUCAAUUCUGAGUGUAUUUGCACAUCACACCUUUUACAGUCCCCAUGCUCUGCAUAAAUAAAUUAUCUGCCAUCUUUAAAACCUCCUUGUGCAAAAAUGUUAAUUAAAGUAAAUGAAUAGCUAAGGAGACAUCUGGGUUUGAAAACGUUGGGCUACAAUUAAAGAAUUGGGCUACAGUUAAAGAAUUCCCACAAUAAGCGAUACAAAAAAAAUCAAUCUGGGUAGUACAACUGCUACAAAUUUGUUUAAUUUUAUAACUGGUAGUCUUAUUAGGAGGAGCAGUUGUAUUAUAUUGGGAAUGGUCAAAUCCCUUUCUCUUCUGGCAGAAAUGUAUCUCAUUCCACUCAUUUAAUUCAUACAAUUCAUUUAAUUCAGUACCACAGAUAGAAGGCAUAAGGGUCACUGCACAUGGAUAAAAGAUGUGAAAGUUAGUGGUAAAAGGUUCGAGUCUUGCAGUGUUUUCCUCCUGUCUUAAAAGUAACAAUAAAAAUUAGUGAUAAGGCAAAAUCUUCUCAAAUCAGAGCAGCAGAACCCCCCACCCCCUUCUUUAAAUCUUCAGUGUUGCUGCUGACAGACAAUAAAGAAGCUUAUAUGGGCUAGACAAAACUCAAGACUCAAAAUUGAGUAAGAGAAGUGUGGACCAAUUACCAGAUUUACUGGUUGAAAAGCUCUUUUGCCUUCUUAAAGGCUGGCUGAGAAUCCUAAAUGACUAAGGAAAGGGCAUAUUUAGCUCCGUGUUUUAGCUUCUCAGCUAUUCUUCAUAUUACAGUUUAUUUUUCAAUGCAGCAAAAUGUCACUGCAUAUUUAGUUCAAAACAGAAUGUACUCUACCAACAGAGUAGAUACUAAGAUACUUCCAGGUUGAUUGCUUCUUCUCUGUUAACAGUACAAAUACCAGAGAAGUUAGGGAGUAAUAAUUAGGUCUGUUUGCAUGCUUAGGAAAUAUAUUCACUCCUUUGCACAUUUUAAUCUUAAAAAUAGCAAACUCUUAAGCAUUUAUCACAAGAGUUUUAAAAUAUGUUCUUACAAGUAGCAGUCUUGUGGCCAUGCCAUCCUCUCUUCAAACAUGCAAAGUUGGUCUUUAAAAGGAAUUUAAGGGUUUGGAUUGGGUUGGGUUGGAAUUUUUGUUGGUUUAGCUCCGUUGAACAAUUAUUCUCUAUGAUGACUGAACGACACAUGGAUUUUGGCGAUUCUCGAUAUGAUUUGUUAGGUUGCCAGAUCCAGAAAAGUAAAAAGGAUUUGAAUAUUAAGAAUGCCUCAAUGUUGAUAUCAUUUUAAUAAAUAUGGCAAAUGUAAAGGGUUUAAAGGGCAUAUUCUACAAGGAUUAAAACUACUGCUAACCACCAGGGGAAAUAUAAUGCAUGGACCCAAUGCCAAAUGUACUAUUGUAUUUUCUAUUCUAAUUGUUGACAGCAUCCAAAAUAGAUAGUUCAUGUACAAAAAAGCCUUGGAAAGAAUAUUUUGGUAAAACAUGGGAUAACAUGUACAUCUUAAGUUUUUGUCCUUGUAUAUUUGUUUGAGAAGGAAGCAGAGCUCCUUUUGUAACACAUGGGCUAUUUAAAGAGCUUUUCAUAAUACAAGUUGCUAAACCUUUUGCAAUAAAAAACCCCAAAAGACA